AUGCACUCCUCCUGCCGUGCAGCAAUGCACUCCCUCCUGCCGUGCAGCAAUGCACUCCCUCCUGCCGUGCAGCAAUGCACUCCCUCCUGCCGUGCAGCAAUGCACUCCCUCCUGCCGUGCAGCAAUGCACUCCCUCCUGCCGUGCAGCAAUGCACUCCCUCCUGCCGUGCAGCAAUGCACUCCCUCCUGCCGUGCAGCAAUGCACUCCCUCCUGCCGUGCAGCAAUGCACUCCCUCCUGCCGUGCAGCAAUGCACUCCCUCCUGCCGUGCAGCAAUGCACUCCCUCCUGCCGUGCAGCAAUGCACUCCCUCCUGCCGUGCAGCAAUGCACUCCCUCCUGCCGUGCAGCAAUGCACUCCCUCCUGCCGUGCAGCAAUGCACUCCCUCCUGCCGUGCAGCAAUGCACUCCCUCCUGCCGUGCAGCAAUGCACUCCCUCCUGCCGUGCAGCAAUGCACUCCCUCCUGCCGUGCAGCAAUGCACUCCCUCCUGCCGUGCAGCAAUGCACUCCCUCCUGCCGUGCAGCAAUGCACUCCCUCCUGCCGUGCAGCAAUGCACUCCCUCCUGCCGUGCAGCAAUGCACUCCCUCCUGCCGUGCAGCAAUGCACUCCCUCCUGCCGUGCAGCAAUGCACUCCCUCCUGCCGUGCAGCAAUGCACUCCCUCCUGCCGUGCAGCAAUGCACUCCCUCCUGCCGUGCAGCAAUGCACUCCCUCCUGCCGUGCAGCAAUGCACUCCCUCCUGCCGUGCAGCAAUGCACUCCCUCCUGCCGUGCAGCAAUGCACUCCCUCCUGCCGUGCAGCAAUGCACUCCCUCCUGCCGUGCAGCAAUGCACUCCCUCCUGCCGUGCAGCAAUGCACUCCCUCCUGCCGUGCAGCAAUGCACUCCCUCCUGCCGUGCAGCAAUGCACUCCCUCCUGCCGUGCAGCAAUGCACUCCCUCCUGCCGUGCAGCAAUGCACUCCCUCCUGCCGUGCAGCAAUGCACUCCCUCCUGCCGUGCAGCAAUGCACUCCCUCCUGCCGUGCAGCAAUGCACUCCCUCCUGCCGUGCAGCAAUGCACUCCCUCCUGCCGUGCAGCAAUGCACUCCCUCCUGCCGUGCAGCAAUGCACUCCCUCCUGCCGUGCAGCAAUGCACUCCCUCCUGCCGUGCAGCAAUGCACUCCCUCCUGCCGUGCAGCAAUGCACUCCCUCCUGCCGUGCAGCAAUGCACUCCCUCCUGCCGUGCAGCAAUGCACUCCCUCCUGCCGUGCAGCAAUGCACUCCCUCCUGCCGUGCAGCAAUGCACUCCCUCCUGCCGUGCAGCAAUGCACUCCCUCCUGCCGUGCAGCAAUGCACUCCCUCCUGCCGUGCAGCAAUGCACUCCCUCCUGCCGUGCAGCAAUGCACUCCCUCCUGCCGUGCAGCAAUGCACUCCCUCCUGCCGUGCAGCAAUGCACUCCCUCCUGCCGUGCAGCAAUGCACUCCCUCCUGCCGUGCAGCAAUGCACUCCCUCCUGCCGUGCAGCAAUGCACUCCCUCCUGCCGUGCAGCAAUGCACUCCCUCCUGCCGUGCAGCAAUGCACUCCCUCCUGCCGUGCGCCUCGCCUCAUCCUCCACUCCCCCACUCCUCCCCACUCUCUUCCUGCAUCUGCAUCAAACUCCCGACUUGCCAUUCACACCAUUCCUGCCUUCUUCCCCUCCACUUCCCCCUGUGUUCCCUACACUCUUCCUCCUUCGCACACCCUUCUCUUCGCGAUCCACACCCCCAGCGAGUGCCAGCGUGGUGGAGCAGUAUAGUGACCCGUUCAGAGUGUUCCCACCGCGCAAGUCCAGGGAGCAAGGCGGAGGGGCACGUUUGAUGCGGGGCUUGCGUGGCCCGCCAGGCACCAUGCAGCUCAGCAGUUCAGCAUCACACAAACUAUCUCCUGCCCAUUCAACGCUUGGGCUUCCACUCAUCCGCAACCCAAAGCUCUCCGCAGAGCAGGUUUUCCCAGAACGUUCACCACGCAGGCCUUUUGAGGUGCUGCUUGCUGUGCGCAGUCUAGGACAAUUUGAUGGUGUUUGGUAG